GGAUGAGAAGACAAGAAGGGGAAGAAGAGACAAAGUGAUCAAGAAGUAAAAGAGCACCAUUUGUGGACUACAGGGGAAGAGAAUAAGAAGUCACCAAGAAGCAAGCCCUUCCUGCAAAUCAGCGCCAUAUGCACGCUGCUGGGGAAAGAGGCCCCUCAGCUGGCACCGAGCGGCGGGUGCAGCAGCCGCUCAGCAUGAUCCUCCUGGCUGUGCUCUUCCUCUGCUUCAUCUCCUCCUACUCAGCGUCUGUGAAAGGUCACACCACUGGCCUUUCACUAAAUAAUGAUCGGAUAUAUAGGCUCACAUACUCCACAGAAGUUCUUCUUGAUGAGGGCAAAGGAAAACCCCAAGAGAGUGUGGGCUACCGCAUUUCAUCCAACGUGGACGCUGUCUUGCUGUGGAGGAACCCUGAUGGCGAUGACGACCAGCUGGUCCAAAUCAAGAUGACAGAUGUAAAAGUUGAAGAUGUGAAUCAACAGCGAGGAGAGAAGAGCAUCUUCAAGGGAAAAAAGUCUCCUAAAAUCCUAGGCAAGGAAAAUGUAGAGGCUCUGCAAAGACCCAUGCUCCUUCAUCUAAUCCGUGGAAAGGUCAAAGACCUCUACUCGUAUCAGAAUGAGCCAGUGGCCAUAGAAAAUCUGAAGAGAGGUCUGGCCAGCCUGUUUCAGAUGCAAUUAAGCUCUGGAACCACCAAUGAGGUAGAUGUCUCUGGUAAUUGUAAAGUGACCUACCAGGCCCAGCAGGACAAAGUGGUCAAAAUAAAGGCCUUAGAUUCGUGCAAAAUAGAGAGGUCUGGAUUUACAACCCAAAAUCAGGUCUUAGGUGUCAAUACGAAAACUACAUCUGUUACCACCUAUAAGAUAGAAGACAGCUUUGUGUUAUCUGUGGUUGCAGAAGAAAUCCACGUUUUUGGGCUGAAUUUCCUAAACAGCAUAAAAGGAAGAAUAGUAUCAAACCAGAAAUUAGAGCUGAAGACGACUGAAGCAGGCCCCAGACUGAAUCCUGGCAAGCAGGUUGCCGCUGUCAUCAAAGCUGUCGAUCCGAAGUACACAGCCAUUCCCAUGGUGGGGCAGGUCUUCCAGAGCACAUGUAAAGAAUGUCCUUCCCUCUCAGAGCAUUGGCAGUCAGUCAAGAAACACCUGCAGCCAGACAACCUCUCCAAGGCCGAGGCUGUCAGGAGCUUCCUGGCCUUCGUGCAGCACCUCAGGACUGCGAAGAGAGAAGACAUCCUGCAGGUCCUGAAAACUACGAGUCAAGAUGUCCUCCCGCAGCUCGUGGACGCUGUCACCUCCGCUCAGACUCCAGCCUCCUUAGAAGCCAUUUUGGACUUUUUGGACUUCAAAAGUGACAGCAGUGUUGUCCUCCAGGAAAGAUUCCUCUAUGCCUGCGGAUUUGCCUCUCACCCUGAUGAAGAACUCCUGAGAGCCCUCAUCGGGAAAUUCAAAGGUUCUUUUGGGAGCAAUGAUAUCAGAGAGACUGUUAUGAUUGUAAUCGGCGCCCUUGUCAGGAAGCUGUGUCAGAACGAAGGCUGCAAACUCAAGGCAGUAAUUGAAGCUAAGAAGUUAAUCCUGGGAGGACUUGAAAAGCCAAUGAAAAAAGAGGACACUAAGAUGUUUCUGCUGGCACUGAAGAAUGCCCUGCUCCCAGAAGGCAUCCCGCUCCUGCUGAAGCACGCAGAGGCCGGAGAAGGGUCCAUCAGCCACCUGGCCACCACGGCCCUCCAGCGAUAUGAUGUGCCCUUUAUCACCCAGGAGGUGAAGAAGACCUUGAACAGGAUAUAUCAUCAGAACCGUAAAGUUCACGAAAAGACUGUGCGCACCACGGCAGCUGCUGUCAUUUUAAAGAACAAUCCAUCCUACAUGGAGGUAAAAAACAUCCUGCUUUCUAUUGGAGAGCUUCCCAGAGAAAUGAAUAAAUACAUGCUAGCCAUGAUUCAAGACAUUCUGCAUUUCGAAAUGCCUGCAAGCAAAAUGGUUCGCCGAGUUCUAAAGGAAAUGGUUGCUCACAACUAUGACCGAUUCUCCAAGAGUGGAUCGUCUUCUGUCUUUACUGGCUACAUAGACCGUAGCCCCCACGCAGCGUCCACUUACAGCCUUGACAUCCUUUACUCUGGUUCUGGCAUUCUAAGGAGGAGUAACCUGAACAUCUUUCAGUACAUUGGGAAAGCUGAUCUGCAUGGUAGCCAGGUGGUCAUUGAAGCCCAAGGGUUGGAGACCUUGAUCGCAGCCACUCCGGAUGAGGGCGAGGAGAACCUGGACUCUUACGCUGGUCUGUCUGCCAUCCUCUUUGAUGUUCAGCUCAGGCCUGUCACGUUCUUCAAUGGCUAUAGUGAUUUGAUGUCUAAAAUGCUGUCCGCAUCUAGUGACCCUAUCAGUGUGGUGAAAGGACUUAUUCUGCUAAUAGACCAUUCUCAGGAGCUUCAGUUGCAAUCAGGACUAAAGGCCAACAUAGAAGUCCAGGGUGGUCUAGCUAUUGACAUUUCGGGCUCAAUGGAGUUUAGUCUGUGGUAUCGUGAGUCUAAAACUCGAGUGAAAAAUCGGGUGGCUUUGGUGAUAACUGGGGAUGUCACGGUGGACUCCUCCUUCGUGAAGGCUGGCCUGGAAGCCAGGGCAGAGUCAGAGGCGGGCCUGGAGUUCAUCUCCACGGUGCAGUUCUCCCAGUACCCCUUCUUGGUCUGCAUACAGAUGGACAAGGCUGAUGCUCCACUCAGGCAAUUUGAGACAAAGUACGAGAGGCUGUCCACAGGCAGAGGCUACGUGUCUCGGAAGCGAAGAGAAAGCCUCCUGGCAGGCUGUGAGCUGCCUCUGCACCAGGAGAACUCCGACAUGUGCAACACGGUGUUCGCCCCACAGCCCGAGAGCUCCUCCAGUGGAUGGUUUUGAAAGUUGACAGGUGACAUUUCCCUGGAAGCUUUCCCCAGAAGGGAGACGAUGUGCUGUGCCUGAGUGCUUGCUCCCUGAGAGCAUGGUGUUUACAUGUUUACCCAUAUUUAAGAGUUUUGUAGAAAGCUAAAAAAAGCUUCAGUUGGUUAGAUCUGGGCCCACUCGGCACAGCCAGUGUCCCUUCAGUCACCUCAUGACACUUCCAUCACGUCACACAAUAGCCUUAGUGUCCCGGUUCUUCUCACAAGCACAGUGAACAUAUGCUGCUCUUAGAAGAAACCAGCACUUGCUGAAAAACAAAGCCACCCACUGGGGAGACUGAUUUUGUUUGAAUAACUUUUAGUGUAUACAGAAAGCCCUUGACAGAACCUUAGGUAUGGCUCGAUUUCUAUAAAACAUUGCCUAAGCAGGGGGCAAAGGGCCAUGUUUUUCUUUUUUUCUUUUUCUUGGGGUCAGUGGGUGCAGGGAGAGGGCGGGUAUAAGGCUUUUAAAGGGAUUUCAUUAGCCAGCCUCAGGAAUUAAUGUUCAUACUUCUGUUAUUGGUUGCAUUAAGCAUUCAGGAGGAGGCACCCUGAACCGGCCAUGCUGCACCAGAAGCACUGGCCUUGGCACACAGGGUGAGAACACUGUUUGUUCAUCCUUAUGCCAAAUCUUUCAGACUCCGAGUGGUCACUGGUUUUGUAAGGGACACCCAGCAGCCCCCAACUUCCUCAGUGUGGCAUAGCCGGAUCACUGAUCUUCAGUGCUUUUACACACUGGUGAAUUCGGACUUUACCAUAUGUAAUCAAAUAAAGAGUUUCUUUAUUUGUAUGAAUUUAAAAA